AUGCGGCAACAUGAUGGCUCUGUAAAACUACCUAUUUAUGGCGAUGUAGUUACCAAAUGCAACUGCGGUGAUGAAAAAGAAGAAGAAGAAAAUGAUGAUGAUGAUGAUGAUGAUGAUGGUGGUGGUGGUGGUGGUGGUGGCGGCGGCGGCGGUGGUGGUGGUGGUGGUGGUGGUGAGACACGGUAGGCUGUUGUGCGUCCCGGUACCAAUGCUACGACGUCCAGGGUAAAAUAGGGGUGAGUAUAGACCCUUGCGAUUCUUCGGUGUGGAGCCUCGUUACCUGACAUGCCGCUCCGUCACAACAGAUGGGAUAUUUAUACAAUCAGGAAUGGACGUACACCGAGCCGUUGGAUUUCUGGAGAGUGCAAGCCUCGUCUGGGUGCCAUUGGUCCCCAACAGGCAACCACCUACCAGACCGAGCUUGGUCAUCGUAUGAUAUCACAGUUCAUUACGGUUUGACAAAGGGAAACGCGAGAUAGAGUUUGAAACAAAACCCCGCCCCCAGCGUCGGCCUAUAUAGUAACUGCCGCACCAUGAUUAUGAAUAAAUUUUUACUCAAAUUUGGACUUAGAUUAGCAAUAAGUGUUAUAUUUUUUGCCUUAUAUUUUGACGAACUAACCUAAAGAAUCAAAGUAACAUUAAGAUGAAGAAGAUUAGAAUUGGAGAUUAUAAUGUAAUACGAAAAAAGUGUUAAUUUAAGGUUUUUGUCAUAUGAAGGCUUCAGGCUCAAAUCUCGUCAAGAUCGCCGAGAUUUUCACAAUCGGGUCAGUUAAGUUAUUCAAAUCUGCCUAAAAGUCCCUGCUAAAAAGUGAAUUGAUAGUCAUUAAGUGGCUUCUGAUUGGGUCACUUAGAGAGACCGGCUUAGGCAGUUAGCUUGUUUUACUGGUGGAUCCCAUACGUUACAACACAUUCGAGAGACGCAGCUUAACCGAAAUGUAAAAGAGUAUAGACUCUAGGUUGAGGCAGUAACCCUACUGUCGCUCAGUACGAUUCCACCGAGAUCGAUGAGUUCUUGAUAAUUGGAAUGUCAUUUGAAUGUGAAUUAAAAUCUCGAAAGAGCUCUAAUCUCCUCCCACAGUGAUCGUUCGAAGCCUCCUCCUUUUUAACCAAGGCUUUCCAAUAUCCUCGCUAUAAGGAACGACUCCUUAAUUCGGGUUGAAAGAUCGAUAAGUACGGGACUUUCCGUCAACAAGUACCCAGUCAGCUUAAGUGUUCUCACUUCAUGGCGCACAACCUAAGCAUACGUUACAUACAUAUGUUUUCCGUUGGCCUGUGUAAAUUUGAUUUUUCUCUUUAGAAGUUUCACAAGAAUUUUAACUUUUAUGUUCAGUUUGGGAGAAAAAUAAACCUUCUAACAACAGGACAGGUCUAUGAGGAAGCAUCAAAACGCCCACUUGAAUGCUCCUGUAAUCUGCCAUGUGAGUAUAACUUUCUUUAACACUUACAGCAGACGGAACUUUUGCUGUUCAAUAGAUGCCUGAGAUGAAGAAAGGAGGGGUUUUAUUUCCUGUCCUGAGAGGCUAUUUGAGCAUGCAUUCCGUCUAUCUGAUGACCAACUGUCUUUGCAUUCAUGCAAUUACAUAUAAAUCCGUGAACACAAUCUAACGUAAGACGCAUCGACCAUGCACCCUUUGCGUAACUGAGAAUGAGUUACUGACCGACGUUAAAUAAACUUUACUGUUUUAAAGAAAUCAGGAAUUUGACUGAAAUCCUUCUACCAACCUAUGACAGUAACGUCUGCGACUGGUAAUGCUACAGAAGGGGACGCCUACAAAGAUCGCGGAGACCAGGAUGGCCAUUUCUAGUCUACUGGCAGGAUGCGCUCUCAUGCGGGGUUCAAAAGCACUCCUACAGGCAAUUUAUGAUCAACUCCUAAUUGUAGGCGAUACUGUUUAUGAGAACGACUUGCCUUUCAAGUGUGGCAUACUGACCGGCCCAUUCGUGUUUGGCAAGAUGACGGAAGUUUUGAGAGACGGAAAAGAUGACGCAGCCAGAAGGAUUUUCCUCCCAUGACACUUUCAAGGAACCUGCAAAAGCUUGCUUUCACAUAACUUUAAAGUUCACUUUUUCUUUAAUCCCGCGCUGUUGAACCGAACAAGCGGUCUAUAUGGAAAGACCUCACCCUGAUUCUGUUAAGUAUACCUACUGAAGUCAUUUCAGUAGCCAUAUUUUACCGGUUGAAUUCUCCCCUCAUAGGAAGGUAUUGUGGAGGAAACCGUGACCGCGGCGGUUUGAGUGCUUCCAAGAAGACAAAGCAGAGAAUUAAAUCAUCCAGGACUUCUCUCUCACCUUGUACUGGCUCUACUGUCUCUCUAUGGCCACCAAACUGAGAUUUUUAGUUUAAUUUAUGUUACAUACAGUGCUUCCACUCUUCAGAGCCGCCUGUAGCUUAUGCCACCUGCCUUAUGACUAUGGACAAGAAUUCAUAUUCUUUCUUCACCAUCACAAUAAACAAUUUGGUAUGGUAAGAGUCGUCGACGAAAGAGUCAUCUGCUUUAUUUCGUCAUCUAUCUUCGUUUUUGUGCGCAUGCAGAUAAGACUGGUGUCCUCAAAUUUAUGCUUCCCCGUGCGGGAAGGGAAUGACGCGUCCACGUAUCUCGUAAAAAUUAAAUUCUGCAUUAUGUUUUGACGCUGCCAUAUCGGCAAGGGAGGCUGAAGCACUUCACGUCAAACACCUAAAUAUGGACCUCCAUCGUACUACGGGUAGCUAACUUCCUGAGAGUACAUAUUCCUGUGUCCUCACCUUAACCCUAACUCUUGACAUAACCCUAAAACCAACUCUUCCCCUCCCGGAAUUUAACUCAAGCCCAGCUAUGUGAUACUGGGGGUUCCCUAUUCCCCGUUUCAAUCAUCGCUGGGUAGAACACCCCCUUCUGGAGUGCUAUUAGUCGACUGCGAGUUUGACAGGCAAAGGCUCUGAGCGCGUAGUGGACUAUUUUUAAAAUGAGAAAUGUGGGAACAUGAACUGAUCUCUCUUCAUUUGAGCCCUCCUGAAGCCGUGAAACCUUAUAAUAGUGAGUCUCCGGAACUGCUAGCGGCUGGCUGAAAGCUUCCACACAAUAAACAAGUGCCAGUUAAAGAGACAUUUUCAGGUAUAUCCUUAGAGCGCACAUGGUCAACUCAACACAGUUUAUAAUCUUAACAAAUGGGUUAGGGCGCAGGAAUAAGUCACCCUCCCCCUAUUACAGGCGGUCUUGCGCUGCGUUCCCUGGUGGUAAGACCAGUGUUAGGGCUCGGAUUAGGAGGGAUAGGAAGGAUAUUGUCAGGGUUGAAGUUAGUUGCAAGAGGGUUAGGGUUACGGUUGGGGACAAAGUGAUAGAGAGCGCUCACCGAUCGUUUUUACGGAACUGACUUGCCUUGUUGUGCCACAGGGGCUAUCCCCCGAGCACAACCAGCAGCCGCACAGCGGCGCACGCUAAAGGCAGACACAAAAGGACGAGUGAGUUCCGAAAAAACGAUCGGUGAGUGCCCCUUUACCAUUGUGUAUUCCGAUCGCAACCGAUAGGACAACGAAGCCGUGACUCAGUGGUUGGAGGCGUUGGACUUCUAACUUACAGGUAGCGAGUUCGAGUCCCAGGUGCUCCACAAUUCGGGGUUGGGUAUGACUGACUAACGAUGGCUAAUAAGCCAGAAACGGCCAUUCCAGUCUCUCUUGCCUUUGCCGGCAGUAACGUAUGGGAUAAAGUUAUAAAACAGAAAUAAGCAGUCCUCGAAGGGUUGCUUAUUCCCGUGUUCAUCGACGCAUGCGGUAAUUUGAGGAGCCGGAGUUCCUCACCGGAACAGGUUUGUCCUGAUGCUGCUGACGUUUCUAAGUACUUGGUCAGCCCUAAAUUUCAAAAUCUUUUAAGACGGAAAACCGGUCAGAAUUUUAAAUGACUAGCCGAGAUGGUCGGCCUUGAACUGAUCGUUUUAAUCGAUGUCUCAGCCUUUUGACAGAUUUUUUGGGACUUAACUGCCGCUAGCAUUGCGCUUUAUCAUCUCUGCCUCACUCUCGGAUGAAUUACUCAUGGGGCCGUGUCUUCCGGGAUUUCUUAAGUUCAGUGUGAUCAUCUUUUUCUGGCCUUUUCGUUUGUAAUGAUUCAGGACUUUAUAGAUCACAGGAAGGUCUAAGUACCUGUUGAUAGUGUUGGCAGCUGAAUACCAUCCUCAGGUGCGUGCCGUUCUGUUUUGAGGCGUCUCGGCCUAAUAUGCCCGCUCCUCAAAUUUCGAAAUUCUGACCAGUUUCUCCAAUAUCAGUCUCAAACUGCUAGUUUGGAUCCAGCCUCCGAGUUGUCAGUUUGUGUCUGCAGUUUUUGUCCCGUUUUCCCCGAAGUAGUUGCAGUCCCUGUCAUUGCAACAUACUUGGUAAACGACUGCCGAGGUUUCCGUGGGGUCAGUCUCUCCUGUUCUCACUGUCUGUGUGGAUGGGUUGGGGGUGUCACGCUCAGGCCAGUUCUAUCGCCCUGACACACCCUCCCCUCCCACUGAGCAGGGGACGAGGCCCGUGUGGCGGCUUUGGCUGGCCCGAAUGUGGUCGGCUGUCACGAUCGCCCGCCGUUUGGCACACGGACAACCCGCGGAUCUGUCUCAGAAUUAGAAGCCAUCUCUGUCAGGAGAGCAGAAUUCUAGCGGAUAGCCCAGGUCAGUAAGUGUCACCCGCAGGACGAAGUGGUUUUUGCUUCUUUGCUGUCUACAACGACGUUAUGUUCAUCGAAGCAUCAACUGUGAAGUGUGCUACUUAUAUAGGUCAGAAUGUCAGUUCCGAGGUGGGCGCUACGACCUGAAGGCAUGACCCCGUAAAUGGUCUCAGAUCGACAAAAUUGAGAAAACCGGGCGCAUCGGAAGAGGUUUAUUCUAAUGCUGACUUCUCGGAUAGCUGGGUCGACUCGCCCUCAUCAAAGCGUAAAAUGCACUUAAUCGAAUAGGAACAGAAGUGGCAUGUCACGCUGGCCGGUCUCGUGCUGAUCGAUUUUUCUCUCCUCUUGCCACCACGGUCUUUCAGGGGACUUUUUCCGUGAUCUUUGGCUGCGUGCGUUGCGAGGCAAGUGGUUGAAACAUCGUCGGGGUUGGUCGGUCUGGUGGCUCUUUUUCUUCGUCAAGUGACCUCGCCAUCGGGCUGGGUCAGUGCUGCCUUCUCAAGUUCUGUGUGGUCGUCUUCUCCUGAGUUUUAUGAGCAUAAUGACGCAGGACUUCGUGGGCUUCAGGAAGGUCCAAGUGACUUUUGAUGUUUCCCGUUCUGCCUUUGAGGUGCCUCGGACUGAGAUGGCAGUUUCCUGAAAAUUGAAAGUUUGGUCAGUUUUUUCGAUGUGCGUCUAGCCUCCGAGUUGCCGGGUUCGUCGACGUAGUUGCAGUUCCCAUCAUUGCAACUUAUUUUGCGGACAAUUACUGAGGUUUCGGUUCGGUCAGUGUGUCCUUAGGAUGGCAUCGUACAACCAUGAAUUACUGCCUGGGGUCGGCAGUUGAUGUCCACUCUGGCGGGUUACAACAGUUGAAAUAUUGCCUCGGAGACUCCCUCAUGCCCCACCCUCCUAAAAUUAAUUCCCAUGUCCAACACCGGCCCUCUUAUUCCCCAUAAUCCUAGCCCUCACAUCAAUCCCACCGCCCUAGAAUAUGGUAAUUUUGCUUUGAUACAUACCAUAAAAAUGCGAAAUACACGCAGUCGAGAACGGCUUGUCUUGGGACGAUUACGAGUCUCUGACAUCUCGGAUUUGGGUCGAAUGCUGGUGGCCACCUGAGCUACCGUCAGCCUGGCUGCGGAAUCACUCAUUGGCGCCUUAUUUCCGACUCGCCAGACAAUGGUAGCACGGUUUGGUAUGUAUUCGCAGUAUGUCUCAAAAGUGUAGGUUAUGGAAUUGUAAAUAGGCAACGUAGUGCAAUACAGAGUUUUCUGGUUUUUCCGGGUCAAUGCUCUGACGGUACUUGCGAAGUCUAGCGUGGCGAUCUUGGAGGAACACUAGGACCAUCCUGCUGUCAUGCUGGAAUACUGCUCGUCUCGCCAAAUCCGUGUUCGCCGGUAACACAUUAUUGUUGAGACACCUGUGCAGGAACCGAAUCUGCAAAUGCGUGAAGGCCUCUCAAGGGGCGAAGUUUUCCCACCGCCAGGCCGAGUGGAACUCAUUGCGGCAAAAUAUACUGCCAAUAGAAGGUAAGAGACGAGUCCCAGGAAGCAGUCUUGAGGAAGGAGACAAGAUCGCUGGGUCAAAGCUUUAUUGCCCGACGUUUCGGAUUUCUGAUCGAAUAAAUCAUCAGAGACAAAAGUGCAGCGUAUCCGGCCCGGGCCGUCAGAACAUCAUGCCAUAAACGCGUUUGCAGAACCUAGUCAACGCACCUGUAACCUGCCAACAAAUUCGUCAGUGGACAUAGAGAGACCCUCUCCUAAAUCGGGAAAAAAGAGCCUUACAAUCUGGCUGGCCGUCCUCUACCUCCUCUGAUUUUCAACCAUUCUUCAGCCGUCAGAACGAGUUAAGUCUACAAUACGGAUGCAUACUAUGGGGCAAUCGUGUUAUUGCGCCACCUCAGGGCUGACGGGCCAUCCUAAGAGACCUGCAUAAUGUUCAUCCUGGUACAGUUAGAAUGAAGGCUCUCGCCCGCAGUUAUGUUUGGUGGCCCAAAAUUGACGCAGAUAUAGAAAACGUGGUAAAAACAUGUCACGUGUGCCAAAUAACACAGAAGACCUUGCCGAAGAUUCCUCUGAAGCCUUGGGCCUGGCCCGACUCGCCGUGGAAAAGGGUACAUGUCGAUUAUUUUGGGCCAUUCCAAGGCCAUAUGGUUUUGGUGGUAGUUGACGCCUACACUAAAUGGAUUGAUGUGAUUCCGACAGGAAAUUCUUGUUCUUCACUGACUACAAUCAACAAUUUGAGAACCGUUUUCUCUACUUUUGGGAUACCUGAAAUGCUCGUUUCAGACAAUGGUCCGGCCUUUACUAGUGCAGAAUUUAAAGAUUUCAUGGAGAAAAAUGGAAUUAGACAUUUAACUACUGCCCCGUAGCACGCUGAUUCUAAUGGCCUCGCAGAGCGUGCAGUCCGGACAAUAAAGCACGGACUAGCCAGACAGACAGAAGCGGACUUGGCCACCAAGUUGUUACGCUUUUUUUCAGCUAUCGCAUAACACCGAAAGACUCAACCGGUGCUUCGCCCGCAGAAUUGAUGUUCUAG